UAAAAGCGACCCAUUCGAAUACACAUUGAUAAUAUACCUUCACUUCUAUGCUUUGAACUAUAGCGCUUUGUGUUGUUUGUUAUCAUCUGCUAUUAGACCGGUGGGAUAAGGAAGAAAAGAUAUCGACGAUUUCUUAGCGAUCACGCCGAGACGGCCUACACACUACCUCAAUAUGAAAUCAACAACAACAGUUCUUGCCCUUGUCGCAAGUAUAUUAGCCAUACCGGCAAAUGCACGUAAUAUACCGGGUGGUAUUAGCCAGCCGAAAGUCGUAAACCUAUCUACGCAACGAAGAACAGUAUCAAACCCUGUAAAACGGGAUCGUAUACGACGAAGAGAUACUAUUAAGGCGUCAUUAGACAACGAGGAAACACUAUAUUUCGUAAAUGCCACACUAGGAACGCCGGCGCAGUCUGUGCGAUUACACUUAGACACUGGUAGCAGUGAUUUAUGGGUAAAUACGGGCGACUCGUCACUAUGCUCUGAGGCGUCUAAACCUUGUGCCUUUGCUGGAACAUACAACGCCAACUCUUCUUCCUCUUAUAACUAUGUCGGAAGUUGGUUCAAUAUUUCUUACGUCGAUGGCUCCGGAGCCAGCGGAGACUAUGUCACCGACACGAUCACGAUUGGCCAGACGACCUUAAGCGACUUCCAAUUCGGUGUCGGUUACCAGAGUACCUCCGAGCAGGGCAUACUUGGUAUUGGUUAUUCUACCAAUGAAGUGCAAGUUGGAAGAGCGGGCAAGAAGGCAUACGACAACCUACCGAUGAAGAUGGUCUCGGGUGGACAAAUCUCACGGAACGCUUACAGCUUGUGGCUUAACGAUCUCGAUGCGAACACUGGCAGCAUUCUAUUCGGAGGUGUCGACACGGCGCAAUACACUGGAAGCUUACAAACGCUACCGAUCCAAUCUAACGGCGGUGUCUUCUCAGAAUUCCUCAUUACACUUACCUCCCUAUCAGUGGGCAGCACAUCUAUCGCUGAUAACCAAGCUCUUGCGGUCUUGCUCGAUUCGGGUUCCUCGCUUACUUACCUGCCUGAUGACAUGGUUAACAGCAUUUACGAAUCAGUCAAUGCGCAAUACGACUCGAGCCAGGGUGCCGCAUAUGUACCAUGCACUCUUGCCAGUCAAACAACAUCCGUGGACUUUACGUUCUCCGGUGUUAAGAUCACCGUGGGAAUGGACGAACUUGUACUAGACCUUGUGGCAGCGAACGGACAACGCCCGACUUUCUCGAACGGUGUCCAGGCCUGCCUAUUCGGCAUCUCGCCAGCCGGCUCGGGAACGAAUGUUCUCGGCGACACAUUCCUACGAUCCGCUUACGUUGUCUUCGACCUCGAGAACAACGAGAUCUCCCUUGCGCAGACGAAUUUCAACACAACCGAAUCGAAGGUCCAAGAGAUUCCCAGCGGAACGGGCAUUCCCGAUGCCACUGCAGUCUCCAACUCUGUAGCCGCGACUGAAGGUGUCGUGAGAGGUAGCGGUAACGGCAAUGCCGGCCUUGGUAACACCACUGGCGAUGCCGUCAUCGCAAGUGCCUCCAUGGCCGCAGUCCUCUUCGUAUCCUUCGGUGCCGCCGUCAUGACUACGAUAUUAUAAAUAUAAAUAUAGGUGGACGCAAAAGACUAUAAAUACGAUAAGUGUUGUUCUGUUUUGGAUUUGUUGCAUGGCAUACUCAGCAUCGCAAGGCGUUUUGGGGACUCUUGAUUUGGAUACACAUAUCGGUCUAUAUGGGAAUCUAGCGUGCCAACUUGGUUUUCAUGGCAUUUUGAGUACCGGUAUAGACGACCGAGGGACUACAAAAAUACUGACUGAUUUGUAUGAUAUGAUAUCUGCGAACUGGAUGGAUUGGGAAGGAAGAAUAACCGUGUAUUAUAUCACUGUCCCAUUUGCAUGACCACAUACCACAUAUUUUACGACAAAGCGAAGCGUAGCGGAGGUCGUUAGGCGUUAUAGCUAUGAAAUUUACGUCGUGUUUUUUGCUUUGUCAA